AUGACCUCGACACGCCCCAUUUCGACCUAUUCCCGGUCGCCAUCAAUUUUAUCAGAGCGCCGGGAUAUACGCCGUUUAUCUGGCCAUUCUGUUUCCGUUUCCAGCGCCGCCGAUUCGAAUCCAGCCCCCGACGCGCAAGCUCCCGCUAUCACCGAAGAAAUCAGUGAAAUAAAGCGAUAUGAAGAUUUUACUACAAUAGACUGGGUGCAAGAUGCUGUGUAUGAACAAAGUCGCCGACGAGCUAAACGGCGGAGUGGCACCGGAUUCUGGGACCAAGAAGGUGUCUUUGGCUGGAGACGCAAGCUGGUUGAAUCCUACGAUGCAGGUCAAGCCUGGCUUGUGGUGACCCUCGUCGGUAUGGCAAUUGGUGUCAACUCGGCGUUGCUGAAUAUUAUCACAGAGUGGUUGUCAGACAUCAAGCUAGGCCAUUGCACCACGGCCUUUUACCUCAAUGAGCAAUUCUGCUGCUGGGGUGCCGAAGGAGGAUGCCAGGAGUGGAAAAGUUGGACUGGAUUCUGGUUGUUCAAUUAUGUGAUUUACUUUUUUUUCGCGGUUCUGCUUUCUGCCGUCGCAGCGAUUCUUGUCAAGACAUUUGCGCCCUACGCCGCUGGCUCCGGUAUUUCGGAGAUCAAGUGUAUCAUUGCUGGGUUUGUUAUGAAAGGCUUCCUAGGCGCCUGGACGCUUGUUAUCAAGUCGAUUGCUUUGCCGUUAGCUAUCGCAUCGGGUCUCUCCGUUGGAAAAGAAGGCCCUAGUGUUCAUUUUGCCGUCUGUACUGGCAAUGUGAUUUCACGGUUCUUUGGCAAAUAUAAGACCAGCGCAUCAAAAACCAGGGAGAUUUUAACGGCAUCGGCAGCGGCAGGCGUUGCUGUGGCCUUUGGUAGCCCCAUAGGAGGUGUACUGUUCUCAUUAGAGGAAAUCGCCAAUUACUUCCCUCUGAAGACUCUGUGGCGUAGCUACUUCUGUGCCCUGGUGGCAACAAGUGUGCUAGCUGCUUUGAAUCCCUUCCGAACGGGACAGCUGGUAAUGUUCCAGGUCUCAUAUGAUCGUACAUGGCACUUUUUUGAAUUAAUCUUCUUCAUUUUCAUCGGUGUCUUUGGUGGACUUUAUGGUGCGUUUGUGAUCAAGUGGAAUCUUCGAAUGGCAUCCUUCCGCAAGAAAUACCUGGGCGCAUACCCCAUUGCAGAAUCAGUAUUUCUUGCUGGUCUCACGGCCAUUCUUUGCUAUCCAAACAUAUUCUUGAAAAUCAACAUGACAGAGAUGAUGGAGAUUCUUUUCCGUGAAUGUGGAGGUGGACACGAUUACCACGGGUUAUGCCAAGAACAAAACAGAUGGUCAAUGGUGAUUUCAUUGGCUAUUGCUACGAUUUUACGCACAGGAUUGGUAAUUAUUUCCUAUGGUUGCAAAGUUCCUGCUGGUAUUUUCGUUCCAUCUAUGGCCAUUGGCGCAUCAUUUGGACGAAUGAUCGGGAUCAUGGUGCAAUCACUGCAUGAAUCUUUCCCCAAGUCGGCCUUCUUCGCGUCGUGCGAGCCGGAUGUCCCAUGCAUUACACCAGGUACCUAUGCUUUCCUAGGUGCCGCCGCCGCACUUAGUGGAAUCAUGCACAUUACGAUCUCCGUCACGGUCAUCAUGUUCGAGUUGACAGGCGCUCUGACCUACAUUUUGCCCACCAUGAUCGUGGUGGGUAUUACCAAGGCCGUGGGUGAUCGAUUCGGAAACGGUGGUAUCGCGGACCGUAUGAUUUGGUUCAACGGAUUCCCCUUCCUUGAUAACAAGGAAGAACAUGUCUUCAAUGUCCCAGUCUCGCACGCCAUGACAACGGAUCCACUAUUCAUUCCAGCCUCGGAUUUCCCCGUACGCGAAGCCGAGCAUCUACUUAGCGACAACAAGUUCCAGGGCUUCCCAAUUGUAGAGGACCGGAGCAGCAAGACUCUUGUUGGCUAUAUCGGGCGCACAGAGCUCCGAUACGCCAUUGAUCGUGCCCGAAGCCAGGGCCUUAUCUCCCCACGUGCCCGGUGCGUGUUUACCAAAGACGCAGCAGAGGCAUCUGUCGCUCGUCGCGCGUCCGGACGCCAAGAUUCACUUGUCCCCGAUACCUUUGACGCCAUCCAGACCAGUGUGGGUGCCGGCGUCGUCGAUUUCUCUCGCUUCGUCGACCAUACCCCUCUCACUGUGCACCCCCGUCUUCCGCUGGAGACGGUCAUGGAGAUCUUCAAGAAGAUGGGUCCGCGUGUCAUCGUUGUCGAGCACCGUGGCCGUUUGGCCGGUCUGGUCACUGUCAAGGAUUGUUUGAAGUAUCAGUUCAAGGUUGAAGCGGAGGAACACGCCCUUGCAGCAACGAGUUCCUCGGAGUUCUCUGCUCUUGGUGGCCAUUUGAACAGCCCUGCACCAGAGACAUUGGACGACCGAUUGUGGCGUCUGAUUCAGACCGUCAUCGGAUUCGUAUCAGGCUCUGGUUCACGCCGGCCUGUUAGGCUGCGUGAGCGCGAUAGAGCCGGAUUGUCAGAGCCAUCAGAUAUAUUGGAUGGGACGGAGGAUGACGGGUUGGUUGAACUAGAAGAUCGAGAGGAACGACCCCGGCGUUAA